AUGGCAGAAAUGGAUUGACAGCUUUCGCGAUUUUCGUAAUUUAUUUUUGGGUACUAUUAUUAAUGUCUUUGUACUUUUUAGGCGUCAUUUGUGCUACUAUUUAUGGUUCUAAGUAAAACUUAGUAUGGUAUAAACAAAAUAAUAUUCAAUCGUUACACAGAAUUAUGUUGCAACUUCUCGAAAAAUAGCUUUGGUAUGAUAACAAAAGAUUUAAAAUUUGUGUCUUGACUUCUUAGUUUAAGUUUUUCAUCACAUGUGUACCUCUAGGAGUAUUAAGUCAUGAAUAUAAAUAAUCGUGAAAGUUUCGGUAUGUAUACGUAACUCUAUAGAAUCGAGAUUUUUUGGUUUGUGACGUCACAGUCUGACUUAUUUACAGUGUGAAUUAUGGUAUCAAAGAUGUUAUUUUGUUUUUAUUAGUACGCGGAAUUCUAUUAAGUGCAACCUGGUGCGCGUACAAUUAGCUACGUAGCGGUGGGCUCCCGCUAGGAUGGGCGGCGAUGUCUGCCCCCUCCGAGAGUGCUACGAGCCCCUCACCGUGUGCAUGCACUAACAUAUCGCUUAUGCAAUUGUUUCAUGAGCUAAAGCAGAAAUUUCCUGGCGUUCCUGAUCAUGUUGUGUCCAACACCAUCGAACUGUACUGCCACGACAAGCAAGCCUGUGAAACACAUCUCCAUAAAGAAGUCAAGGCCUCCCUAACACAUGCAUAUCAUGCAUCAUCGUCAGCAGCAGCUCGGCAGCUUAAUGAACUCAAACUCAACCCUCCUGGCAAAUGUCGUAAUCAGCCUAUAAUCAAGCAUGAGAUUACUAGAUCUACACCAGUAAAAUCUAUAUCUUGUCAAGGGCCACAAACUGCAGUUUUAAGUUCUCCUGUUCUUGCAAAUGAUGUGGAAAAGAAAUUAAACACUGAUGCCAAUCAGAAUGUUGUAGAACAUACUUCUAAUCAAGUGAAAGAAAGUAAUGACAUUGCAAGUCCAGUAACAGUUAUAAAUAUUGACAAAUGUGCAAAAUACAAUGUUGAAUCACCGAGUGAUAUCGAAUUGACUAAUGAAAGUCCAAAAGAAAGUUUGAGUGCACCACAAGAGAACGAUUUUGAUCCAUCAGAGAGCAUAAACUAUAAAAUACACAAGAGUAACAAAAUAAGAAGUAACUUGAAUGAGAGGCUACAAGUGCCACGGGAGAAAGCAAAAAGGCCGAACACACUUGACUUUAUUAAACCAAACCCAGAUAUUGCAUUUAAACAAACGCUGAGAGAGCCAGAACCUGAAGUGAGCCGGACAGUCUCUCCUGUGCCACCGAAACAUGAAAGCCAACCAAAGGAUAACAACACUAGUGCUUCUUACAGAACUGAAAGAGGUUACCCUGUGAAUUUAUCAGUAAAUGUAAAUUGUCAUAUGGACUUGAGUCGUUAUGAUGACCUGUGGCUAGAAGAUUAUGAUAGUCCUAGAGCUAUAACAUCAGUAAAUUUGACUGUGUGUACCCCUACUUCAAAUAUGGCUAGUCCAGUGAGGGAGACGCAAGAAAAUGAUGGGGGCUUUGGGGGGCAUGUCACAGUGACUGUGAGUCCAAGUACAACACGGCCAACCCGGCGUAAGGCUCCACCACCUCCACCACCCUCUCAGUCCUCACGGAUAAAUUCACCAAGGCCUUCCAGGGUCGCUCCUGAACCACCGGGAUCAACAACACAGGACCGUUCCCUAAUCGAGCGGCAAAAGGAAAGGCGAGAUCGUUUAGCCAAAGCCCUGGAGCAGGAGAAGCGACGGCUGGCGCAGCUAACGCGGGAGACUGCGAUCUUAGCCGCGCCGCCGCCGCCGCCAUCCGCUGCUCAAGCACUGCGGGACUACGUACAGCACUUGCGUAACCAAUGCGACAUGCUGUCGAAGAAACUCGAAAUGAGAAGUAGUGAGGCGGACGACACGGGCAACUUCUACAACAACAUAUACACCGGGCAACGGCCGUCGUCGUACUGGCAGUGCCACAUGUGCACCUUCAGGAACUUCCCGCUGCUCAACCGCUGCGAGGAGUGCGACAUGCCGCGUAUAUACGUAGUUCGGGCACAAGACGGAAUAACAGUACGACUAAUGCCAGGACGACGGAACCUAACGAGAUCGUGGGUGUUAUGAAACGGGCGGAGUCGGGUGACUAGCCUAUCUUAAGUGCAGUAGUAUGUAGAUAUCAACGGAUCUGUGAUAUUCGCAUUUGGUUGUUAUAAUUUAAAAGUCUAUUAUUUUUUAUUUACACAUUCCAAAAAAAACUGUUUUAUUUGAUGAUUUUUUUUUUAAUAUUUAACGUUGUCUCUCCCGUAUUCACACUGAGUGCUUUGUCGUGCCAAAUGCGAAUAACCUUCGGUUAUUUACACUGCUGCACUUAAGGUGGAUAGGGAAGUUGUUACCAUUAUUAGGAAAUGAGUCUCUAUAUUAUAUGUUAUCAUGCAGUUACCUCUAGAACUAGAAAAAAAAACUAAGUCUGUAUUGUAACAAUUCUGCCAUUUGGCUAUAAUCCCUUUUAUAUAUCGAACGAAAAUGGACAACGUAUUACGUAACUUUAACUUUCAGUAGAUGUGUACCUUAAUAUUUUUUUAAAAUUUGAAUAUCAUCAUUAUUUGUAGACGUAAAAUCUCUAAUACGGUAUAUCUGUACAAGUUAAUCGCUGUUAAUAAUAUAAAAAAUUUACUUGCUAAAAAGUUUUUUAAUAAAAAAAAAUAUUUCGACUCGAAUAAAGUCCGAACCUAUAGACUAAACAUGUAAGUAUAAAUACGAUGUAAAAUCAUUUUUAAAAUACACAUUAUGCUAUGUGUAAUUUAUUUAUUUAAAUAAAUAAAUAAAUAAAUUACACAUAGCUAAGUACAGCAUCGAAAUAAAGUACCUAUCAAAAAAAUUUUUACUUACAUUUCAUCAAAUUUUACUCCAUUUAAACUGUUCUAUCUAACUACCUAGGUUUGGUAUUAUAAACACAUGUUUAUAAUACUAAAUUUGGUAAAAAUUAUAAAUCACGAUUUUAACCGAUUUUGAUUAGAGAAAAUAACUUGAGAGACUGAUGAAUGAUAUGACAUCACCAAAAAUAUUAUCUGCAAUGAAGUCCUUAAGAGUUUAUAGACCCAGGUAUCUUAUAGUUGCUAGAUGUAUUAUGAAAGUCAAGCCAUUGAUUUCCGAAAGUAAAUAAUACAUGUCGAGGACCAUAGGCACACGUCGAAACGGACAAGCAAUAAUAUAGGUAUAGUUUAACAAAAGUAGGUACUUAUUCGUAAUAAAAAAAAAAUCUAUUACUAAAAUUUUAUACAUACAGCGUUUAUAAAUAUAUCUUUUAUCAUUCGAAGUAAAGGAAAACUUUAUAGAAAGGGUUUUAUAAAGAAGUAAGGACUUCACUAUGUCUAUAUUCACGUCAAAUUGCUUAUAAGGAAAACGGAAAAACAAUUUUUAUUGUAAAAUUUUUACUUACGUUUGCUGACUCAAGAUUGUCCUUCGUCCGAUACCAAUCGCACUCGACUCUGACACAAGUCAGUGAAGAUAUAAACGACCGACCCGACUAUGCUUCCUUUUUUAUUUUUUAUCAUAAACUGUUUCCAGUAAUCGAUUAUACAGAAAACAAUAUUCGAAUAAACAGUUAAUAAUUUUUUAUGGCAACACAAUAUAGAAUGUACCAACAUAAGCCUUCCAUUAACCUUCCUUUAACCUUGGCCUUAACAUUCCCAAAAGGAGGAUUUGGCCAAUAAUUGCCACGCUUCACAGUGGGAACUUUAACUCCUUUUCAUCUCAUAAAUCUAUAACUUCCGUAUUAAUAAAGAUAUGUACAUGAUUUUUUUUCCUGAUAAUCUUAAAUAUAUAUGCUUUUAAAUUAUGUAUGCGUUGUGAGUAAAAAUUUAUUUCUAAUAGUUAUAAAUAAUAUAGGAAUACAAGAAAUAUAAAAUUUGUAGGCUUACAUUUAUGUCCUAAGAAAUUAAUACAGGAAUAAGUAAAAGUAUCUGCGUAAAAAACAAAAACUCUUAUAAAGAUAACUUAGAAGUCACUCAAGAGCUCCUUUACUUCAUCAAAAAGUUCUAAAUAUUUUUUAUUGGAAGGUUUUCUUAAACUUGUAUGUAUGGGUCAGAGGUAUAUAAAAGUGCGUGUAGAACAUCUUCGUUAGUGGCUACCCUCGAACAUUGUCUUGCAUGAUGAAGCCUGAACUGUUUAUAGUCUUUGUUCCGUGACUCUUGAUCAUCUUCUAAAAGUUGCCCAAAAGGCAAGACAGAAAAGUAACGUAUCACACUUUCACAAUGAAUCAACACCUUGUGAUUUUGCGGAUAGCAAGAUUCUGUAACUUCACGAAUCAACUUGUAUGAUGGAAACAAUAAGCAAUUCUUUGCUAUCAAACAACUCAUCAUAUUUUCUUACUGUGCCUUGUUCAGAUCCAAUUCUACAAAAAUGCUAAGAUCUUCAUCUUUUGAAUAUGCUGUUAUAUUUGUCGGUUCAUUAAGAAAAUUACUGCGUAUUUCACUCUUUUUUUCUGACGGCCAUGCUCGUAAAAUAUCAACGAUGAAUGCUUCAUCUACUUCACCACGUGACCUUAAACCCUGUAAACAUAUGAGUUCAGUAUGAAAUCAAGUCCAUAGGUAUCAAGCAGUCCCUUGUUUUUCCGUUUCUUUGUACUCUCUGAACUGUCAUUGUAUCUUUUAGAAGGUCUUCCUCUUUUCUCUGUCGAAGUAGUAGGUUCAGGUUCGCAUGUUGUUUUUUCUAGAUUUACAGUGAAAAUGACAUUAAACCAAUUGCUAUUUUGAUUUAAAAACUGUUCUUUCUUUCGACCACAUUUCGUAUAGCGUUGACGAAACUGAGUUAUGAAGGACUUCUAAAUACUUGCGAAUAUAGCAAAAAUUCUAUAUUCGCAUCUGAAGAUUCGGUAAUAUUAUUUCGUACAUAGUUUGAGAUAUAAUCAAUAUAAUUUGUAUCACUUUCAACAAUAAGAGACUUAAGUCGCGUCCGGUACACGAGACUUCACUUAUUGCGGAGAGAUAAGUAAUUAACAAUUGUUUAGAAAUAACAAAUGCUUAUAAAGAACUGUAAUAUUUCAUAUGUAAAUGCACUAUUUUAUACUUAAUAAUGAUCAUAGACGUGUGCAAAAUUACUUCAUUUAAAAAAUUCAUCAUUAUGCGGUUAUGCGGUAAAGAAUAGGUCUGUAUGGAAAUGGGAACUAAAUACUAUGUGAAAUACUUGUUAAAAGUAACGCAAAAGAUAAAAUAUAAAGUAAUAAUUGAGACAAAAGUAUUUUUUUGAGUGUCCAGACAGAUAAUCUCAAAUAAAGAAAAAAAUCUUAAUAUACGUACUUAGAAAAAAACAUUCUCACCAUGAUAUUAUACUAGAUUUAAAUAUAUUACGCAGUAAAACUGCAAAAAAAAAAUCUUUUGCCCUCAAAUUACAUUAUAUUUCCUAAUAAAUUAAACCAAAAUUAGAACUUCGGCAAGCUUCGGCAACUGUCAAAUCUCCAACUGAAAGUUUGAGAAAAGAAAAUAAUACAUAUAACGAUAUAUGGUUCUUUGGUUAAGUAAUAUUGUACUAAACUAAAUAUAUUUUUAUUUUAUAGUAAAGUACACAUUCUAAGCAUUUUAAAAUGGUAUCACACUAUAUGACUUCUAUUGUUUUGAUACUAUAAAAUUAUACCAAACGAAAUUUAAGUUUCAUAAUUAUUUUUGUAUUUUUUUCAUUCCUUGACUUUAGAUGCUCUGUUCUAUGAAGUAUGAACAGUGACAGAUUUGAAUCAUACUUAUAAUGAUAGAGUAACUCUUUAGCUACAAUUUGAGGUAUUAUACAUGCAUAUCCACAGAGUUUUAGAAAAAGUAUUUAUGAGAUGGCUUUCUUAGGAGAGUUCCCACUGUGCGCUUGGCAGGCGGAUUAACAGUCCGACUUUGGUGAUGUUGUAGAGGGAUGCUGCUGCCCAUCCUUCAACCAUAAAAUCUUGAUACUCUUUAUUGCUCAUAUAAUAAUAACAGAUUCCACUUUAAUAAAAUAUAAACAUAAUCUGAAGGUUUAUGACUCCAUAAAAAUGCCAAUGUAUAUAUGCUUAACACGCUCGUAAUAAACGUUUCUUUACAUAGUUAAGUAUUAUCAAAGUUAAUAGGCUAGUUAGAUGUUUAUGAAGAAAUAUUGCAAUAUUUUAUUAAAAAUAGCAACAACCAUAUCACGGUGGUAUCGAUUUUUGAUACCGUUAUACCGUUCUAUGAACGUCUUCAAUUACGCAUUACCGCACCUGAAGAAACUUUCAACGCUCUUUUUGAAGACUCUUGGAAAAACCGUUAUGCAAUGAUUUCGUUCCAUAACCUAACCUUUCGCGUUCAAAUGCGCUGUAGGCUUAGAUAGAGUCAAUAAGAAAUUAAAAAAUUUAAAUAAAAUUAAAUUUUAUGCGAUAAGUACCUAUUUUUAUUUUUCUAAAAUAUCUAAUUUAUAAAUAUUCAUUUACAAAUGUGACCGAUUUAUCAACAUACAGCAUAAUCUACUGACUAAACAAAUAUAUCAAAAAAUUUUACAAAAACGUAAAACGUACAAAACCUGGCCAUGAGAAUCUUAAACUUAUUGUUCAAAUAAGGGAUAUUCAUCAUUAUAAGUCUAUUCUAGUUUACUCCGCUAGUACUAUUUGGGUGAUAUGUUUAUAUCCUUUUAUACUAGGUAUCUCGCAUUAAUUACUUAUUUACUGCAGUAAUUUUUUUUUUUAUAUUAUAAACAUAGUACUAGCCAAAUUGCUAUUUUGUAUAAGUUGGUGUAACUGUCAUGUAUGGAGAAGUAGAAAUGUAAUGAUACCUAUUUUAUUCACAUAUUUUAAUUGAAAUUAUAUGAACUGUAUCUGUCCAUACAUUUUUUAUCUAAAUUUCAAUUACUCAAAAUUUACAAAACCCUCCUAUAUUAACUUAAAUAUUUUUUGACAAAAUAUACCUAUGUGUGUACGUACUAGCUAUGCAAUAUAUUAUUAUAAUGUAAGCUUUAAUUCACAUAAUAUGUAAAUUUUUGCAUAUAGAGACUGGUAAAUUCAAUAUCCAGGACCAAUCUAAUCAAUUAAACCAGAACACUUUUAACUGCUAAGUCAGAGUUGGUGCUUGUGCGCAUCUCUAUUGACUAAGUCGUAUGCACAAUCGUUUGAUCAUACAUAAAAUCCGCAAAGCAUGUGCGAACCGUCUCACUAGGCAAGUUCAUGCAUGUCCGUACGACAGUGCUCACGAUAACGCGAGUCCAUACAUUUUACUUAUUUUCAAAUAAAUAAUUUGUUUCGUUACGACUUAUGAUACAAAUAAAUUACCAUUAUCUACAUACAAUCAAAUUAAAAUAAAUAUAUUUAAAUUGUUUUUUAUUUUAAACACUCCAAGGAAAAUCAGCUUUAUUAAUACUUUCGAAAUAAAAUAAAUAGCCUAUUACAAAGGUUUAUAAAGGUAAUUGACUACCUAUGUGAAGUUAAUAUUUAAAAAAAAAAUCCUUGCACAUUACAAGAACCCGAAGCUGUUCUUUUAUUACUAUGUCCGAACAUCAUGUAAAAAUUAGAAAAAAUAUUUUAAAAAGGGCCUAAAUAAAAUGUAUGGACUCACAAUUGUACGGGAUCGCAAUGAGUACUAGUGUGUUGGUCACUCCGACUUGCGUCGUGAGUCUUGUCGUAAAGAAGACUCGCCGAGCGAGUUCUCAGCAGUUAAAGUUUAAAAAACUGUAUACGUGUCUAAAACCUUAUAUUUUUUGUAUAUUACGCGAUGGCUUCGCCAUUUGUAAACCGAUUCUAAUAACUCUUUAUGCAAUUGAUAGUGCCGUAUUGUCCCGCAUCCACACAACAUAUUCCCCAACAGAAGUCGCUGUCUUAUUUGAGCAAUAAAAUCUUAAAUAAUUGUGUAUUAAGUUUUUAUAUAUUAAAUUAAAACAACAAAACGGACUUACAAUCAUUAAUUUCUAAAAGGGAUAUCAAAUGUCAAAGAAACACUGUGAUUUCUAGUCGAAGCUCCGAACUUCACAUUUAUUGCGUAUGUAUUAAGUAUAAGCAUUUCUUUGUAUAAAACUUGAAAUUUAUGCUCACUUAUUGUACAUAUUUAUAUCUAUUUACAACUGAAUAUUUCUAUGUAUAAAAUAAAAAAUAAUUAUAAGCAGAACUAUGAUAAGUACCCAGGAAAAAAUAUAACAAUUCUUCAAUUAUUCCAUUACAUCUAAAAUAUUAUUAUAAUAUUUAACUUAGACAACUAGUAAUUUGUUUUACCUAGUUUUCUUCAGAUUCAAUAGGUAAUGGUAAUAUUUUUAGAUAGAGAUACAUCUAUUAUACUUUGUCCAAUCGUCUCUUUCUAAAAACAGUAUGUACUUAUUGAAAUGUUAUAUAUGUAAACUUUAAAUUGUAAGUCAAUUAUAAUUUUAAUAGAAAAAUAGUUCUCUUUUAUAAAAUGGCAAGUUAAGGAAUUUUGUGAUGAAAUUAAAAAAAUAUUAUUAUAAAAUUGAAUCAUAACUAUUCUUAGUUCAGCUUAUGGCUAUUUAAUAUUUACAAAGUAUUUGUGCAAGUUAUUAUAAUUUUACAGUAACAACACAUUUUAAAUGUAUUUGCCUUGUUAGUUUCAAACUUUUUUUUUUUUAAUUUACCAUUUUCACAGCAUGAACCAAUUGUUUAUGGUUACAUUACAAAACACACAUGAAAUGUGUUUUACAAUUAUAAUGUAAUGAGACUUUGGAACUUGUACAAAAUAAUUAAGAAAUUGUAAAAUUUUGUAUUCAUUAUAGUGCUUUUAUAUUUAGUAUGUAUUAUGUAAAAUAUAUAUGGUUUACUAUUUUGUUUAAUCAGCACAUUUAUCAAAAUAAACUUGUUAUCGAAAUUUGUUUAA